AUGUCACUGAAGAACAUCAUCCUGGCGCUCCCUACGCUAAUCACGAUAAUGCUCAGAGCUCAUAUCUUCUCUGCAUUUAUCUCCAAAGAGCCCAUCAGGUUCCCCUUCACUGCUUGGGUUGAGCUCUCCCUUCUGCUUCCCCUCUCUGCAUAUCAUCAAAUUGUCACAUGUCAUAGAUUCCUUGACCGUCUCCAGUUCCUGCAGCUGUCGGUCAAUGAUCACCCUAAUUUUAGCGGAAUUGUUGCCCUUACUGAAGCUAUAUCAGUAUUUUCCAUAGCUCCCCAAUUACGAGAGGUCCGCUGUGAGGAUCUUCAUAAUGCGUGUAACUUUUUCGUUUUCCCACCGAAUCAUGUCAAAAUAUUCUCCUCAAGGGUGGAUCACAAGGAGGUCCUCGCGUCUUUGGCUGUUAUGGAUCUGCUGAAAUCCAGAGAUGCGAGCACAAGGCGAGGAGUGGUGAUCAAAGUGAGGUAA